AAAUGAUAAAGUCUGAGAGAGAGAGAGAGAGAGAGAGAGAGAGAGAGAUUGAGAACGAGAGCGCCAUUAUCGUAAGAAGUUCGUGGUUGUUCCUUGAAAUCAGGUUCUGAUUAUCGCCUUUAGAUCCGAUUCUAUCUCUCUUACUUUCCUCGUUAUUCCAAAAAGAUUCUCUUUCGGAUUUGUGUUUGUGGAUGAGAUUGUGGAUAAGAGCCAUCUUCUAUUUCUGGACUGCUGAAACUCCUUGUCCUGUCUGAUUCUCUUCUUAUUCCCCUUCAACUCUGAGUCUUCUGAUUGGUAUCCAAACUUCUUUUUGCAUUAAUCUGAGAGCUAUACCGACAGCCGAUCCCUUUGAUCAUCUAUUUGGGUUUUGUUUUUUCCAUCACCAAAUCUGUGGUCUUGUUGUGGUCUUGUUGUGCAAUUAUACAAAUCAAUCAAUCCUGGCGUUGAGCGAAGGCCUGAGGUUGAAGAUUCCUUCACCAGAAACCACAAGUUUUGAUUUUGAUUGCGUCGGUGGUCUGGAGUGCCUGAUAAGCGUAUUCAGGGCCCUUGAUAUGGGGUCCUGCUUAUCAUCAUCUUCAGGAGAAACCAGGAGUAGUAGGAGACCCAUUCCUCGUGUUCCUCCCAGGAGGAGGAAGAGCUCUUCCAAGAGGAGAUCUUGUAGUUCUUCUUUUGACAACACGGGAGGAGAAGAUGAGCCACUUCUCCACAGGAUCCCUGGAAGGAUGAUAUUAAAUGGCUCUACCGAUCAUGCGUCUCUCUUCUCCCAACAGGGCAAGAAAGGGCCUAACCAAGACGCCAUGAUUGUCUGGGAGAAUUUUGGGUCAAUGGAGGACACUGUGUUUUGUGGUGUUUUUGAUGGACAUGGUCCUUAUGGUCACGUUAUCGCAAAGAGAGUCAGGGAUUUACUUCCACUCAAGUUAGGCUCUCACUUGGAGUCCUAUGUCUCCUGCGAGGAGGUUCUUAAAGAGAUCAGCCUCAACACUGCUGAUAGAAAGACCUCAGACAGCCUUGUGCACAUAUCUGCUAAUGGAGAAUCCCGAGUCUACAAUAAGGAUCAGGAUAUGGUUCAGACACUGUUAACCUCAAUUGUUAAAGCCUACAGAUUCAUGGACAAGGAAUUGAAGAUGCAAGUGGAUGUUGAUUGUUUUUGUAGUGGAACUACUGCAGUAACUAUGGUUAAGCAGGGUCAACAUCUUGUUGUUGGAAACAUUGGGGAUUCAAGAGCAGUAUUGGGUACGAGGAACAAAGAGAAUAAACUAGUUCCUUUUCAGUUAACUGAAGAUCUCAAACCAGAUGUUCCAGCUGAAGCAGCAAGGAUAAAGAGAUGCAGAGGACGUAUAUUUGCUCUCCGAGAUGAACCUGGGGUUGCCCGCCUCUGGCUUCCUAACCACAACUCACCUGGUCUGGCCAUGGCUCGUGCUUUUGGAGAUUUUUGCCUUAAGGACUUUGGUCUCAUUUCUGUGCCUGACGUGUCCUACCGUCGCCUCACUGAGAAAGAUGAAUUUGUUGUCUUGGCAACUGAUGGGAUUUGGGAUGUAUUGACGAAUGAAGAAGUUGUGGAGAUUGUAGCGAAAGCACCAACACGUUGCACAGCUGGUCGAGCCUUGGUGGAAGCUGCAGUGAGGAAUUGGAGAUGGAAGUUCCCCACUUCAAAAGUCGAUGACUGCGCUGUAGUUUGCCUCUUCCUUGAUUCCGAACCAGACAAAUUAUCAACUGCUUCUUUCUCAGAGGAUAAACACAUCAGCAAUGGCCUUACUGAACCGGACACAGCAUCAACGUCAACUCCAGGCUCGGGAACCGAAUCACCUGAGCUCAAUGGAGUCGACAGAAUCAACACACUCGUGAAUCUCCCCAUGUACGUGCCAACCAAGGAGUAGAGAGAUAGAACAGAGGCAGGAGGUGAAAAUGUGAGAUUAGACUUUGUCUAUCUCUCUCCCUUUCAGUUUUUUAUUAGUCUCUUAUACUCUAUCAAAAGCCACUGGCUGUAUAUACUGCCAAUACUUCUACAAUCUCUCUUCUUUUGUAAAUAAAUUUCUGAAGCCGCAUUUGUGUUUGUUUGAGCAAUUUUUUUUA